AUGGCACCAGCAGUCGUCGACACGCAGCCUCAAUAUGACGAGGUCUCCACCAAGCAAGGCCAACCCCUGGACCGCGUGAAGCAAAACGAGCAGACCGAACUUGGUCUUGCUGACCAGUACGGCGCACCGGAUGUCUAUAUCGACGGCGAACAAGACACCUGCUGGUACCACUGGACUGGCACCAUCUACGUCAAGAUUCUCCGCAUGGAGAACCGCAAGGGCUGCUACAUCAUCAAGUUGAAGACUGAACCUCACGCCGAGCUCGGCAAGCACCGACACCGAGGAGAGGUGCGAGCGUAUACCAUUGCGGGCAACUGGGGAUAUCAUGAAUACUCCUGGACGGGCAAGCCAGGCGACUACAUCACCGAAAUGCCUGGCACCAUUCACACGCUUUACAUGGGCGAGAACUCGGAAGUCAUCUUCGACGUGACGGGUUCGAUUGAGUUCUUCAGCGACGACAACACGCUUCGAGAGACGAUGGAUGGCUUCAGUUUCUGGCGCAUGUAUUUGGAUCAUUGUAAGGAGAAUAACCUCAAGGUCAAUGAGAAGCUGUGGUAUUAG